AAAAAAAUUAGCUGAAAAACAAAUUUAUUAACAGAUUUAUUUGUAUUCUCAUUCACAUGAACUUACAUUUAAAAGAAGUUACAAGUGCAUUUUGAUUGAAAUUCAAAAGUAUACCAAUUAUUUUCUUUGGUGGGUCAAAUAGGUGCUCACUGGUUUUGGGAAGUGGAAAAAUGAAUUUGGAUUAAAAAGUGUUUACUGGAUUAUCUGCCCAUUUACAACUGGGUUGACUCGAAUAAUUUAGUUGGAACUAUAACACCAGACAUUUGAACUUGGAUAGACCUGAUAUUGUUUUGUUAUACAUGUUAAUACUAAAACCCACUAGUAAAUCUUACUGUUCUAUUUUUAGUUAGGGUAGGAAUGGAGGAAGGUUUCUUGGUUGAUGUUUUACCAAGAAUUUAGAAUGAAGUAGUCACAUAUUGCAUUGUUAUAUAAUAAUUUAUUGGUUACCAUGGAGACAGUAGUAGCUGUAGCUAUUGGUGUAUUGGCCAGUAUAUUUUUAAUUUCUCUGGUCGUUGUUCUCUUUCUCUGUCGUCAGAAAUAUUGCCGUAAAAUAGAUCUCAUAACAGCUCAACAUAAAGAUUCUAGACCUGAUGUACAGUUAAUAACAGAAUCUAGUGAUAUAGAAACACAUACCACCUCCUCUCAACCACCAUCUACUGAUGUAGAACUAGAACAUGUACAACUCACUAAUCCUAGGAUUGAAGAAAUAUUAAAAAAUGAACAGUGGGUUGAUGAUGCCACUGGCCUGAUUCCUCACUGUAUAUCAAUAUUAAAAACAUGUCAUGAUCUAACAGAGAAACUAGUUGGUAUGACUAUGGGCAAUGCUCAGAUGAUUCGUACACAAGAAACUCUGACAGAUAUAAUAGCUGUGGCUAAACGUAUCAGUCCUAGAGUAGAUGAAGUUGUGAAAUCUAUGUAUCCACCUUUAGACCCAAGAUUAUUGGAGGCCAGAUGUACAGCUCUAGCAUUGUCAGUACAUCAUCUAGUUUUAGUCACCAAGAAUGCCUGUCGUUUAUCUGGUGUUUUAGAUUGGAUUGACCAGUCUCUUGCUGAUGUUGAAGAUCAUUUAAGGGUUUUGCGUGAUGCCAGUGUAACCAAUGAAAUGCCUGGAAAUCAAACUAAUGACAAGCCAGGAUUAAGUCAAGAUACACCAGAUGUUGCUGGUGAUGUGCCUGCAGAAGUAGCCAAUCAAAAUCAUGGAAACAAUAAUUCAUCACAAGUAUGAAAAGUAUCAUUAGACUUCUUUGUUACAUAUCAUGGUUUGGUUAAAAUAUCAUUCACUCUUGUCUUUGAUUGAACCAUCAUUAACUCUCAACUUUGUUCCAUUGUUGAUUAGAUUUGAAAGGGAGGUAAUUGUGCAUGACUCAUGCAUAGCAAGUACUUGUGGUCGCCACACCAUAGUCAUCAUCAGUUGCAUAUAGUUGUGAAUGAGGAUAACGGUCAACUUUCAUGGCCAUUUUCGUUAUUCGCAACCAUACGCAACUGGUAAUUGCUAUGUUGGGAGGGCACCUAUAGUUAUCUUGUUGAUUCUAUUGUUAUAUUAAUUGAUGUACUUUUUAACUGCCAAAUGUCUCAAAAUAUUGGAUGGAUCUGCCCUCUUUUUGUUUUAAAACU